AUGAUUAAAAUUGCUUCAAAAUUUCUCUUUCCUUCUCAUAUUUCACAACAACAUUCAAAACUCCCUAUUUUAUUUAUAACUAUUUUUUCUAUUUUAAUUGUUAUGGAAUCGUCUUCUCUUUUAACGGAAGGAUUUGUUCUUCAAGAAUUGCCCCUUUAUCGAAGCAUCCGAGACACUGACGUAAAAGCAACACCUUUAUUUUUCAUUAAGUCACAACCAAAAAAUGAUUUAUUUGAAAGAAAAUCUAGAGCUUUUAAUUUUCAGCGAUUAAAUAAACUUAGAAAUUUUUGGCAAAGAAAUGAAGUAAAUAAAAUUUUUUUAAAUAAAAAUAAAUUUAUUUUCAUUAUUUUAGGCAUUAAAAAUGGCUUUGUUUCCAGAACAAAAAUUUAUUUAUGA